AUGUCGUACGAUCUAGAAUCCGGGCGCGGCGGCGCCGGCUAUAGCGAUGACCCUGAUUUCCAAGCCCUUCAAUACGACCUCAAGAGCAAGCUUCAAGCCCUCCUCAGCAACAAUCGAAAACUCGCCAACGAUGUCAAUGUUCUCGGCACACGUAAGGAUACCCCGCGCCUGCGGGAGCGAGUUCACAAUAGCAUGGAUAAGACGAGGGAUAUGUGCAGAGAGAUCGGCGAGGGCGUUAAGCGCCUUCAAACUUGGGAAGAAUUGACGAAACAACAAAAGUACGAGCAAACAAAGGUCUCGAGCGACUUCCAAGCAGCUCUCCAAGAAUUCCAAAGCCUCCAGCGAAAAGCCCUCGAGAAGGAGCGCGCAUCCGUUACCGCCGCCCGUGCCGCACAGGAGGGUGAAUCCGCCGAAGGUCCCCAGUCCGGCAAUCAGCUUGAGCAGCUGCAACAAGAGCAAGUCUCCCAGCUCGCACCCCAAGACGAAGUCGACUUCCAGGAAGCUCUCAUCAUCGAGCGUGAGGAGGAGAUUCGCAAUAUUGAACAGGGUGUAGGCGAUUUGAACGUUCUCUUCCGACAGGUGGCGCAAAUCGUCAAUGAGCAGGGAGAGCAGCUUGGGACGAUCGCAGACAAUGUUGAGAACGUCCGGGAUGACACGCGGCAAGCUGAUGUUGAGAAUCGACAGGCCGCGCGGUAUCAGAAGGCAGCCCGCAACAAGAGCUGCUGCCUGUUGCUGAUCCUCGCCGUCAUUUUGACCAUUGUUAUUCUGGCUAUUGUCCUUGACUAG